AUGGACUCAGAUGGCUCCUUCGUGCCCGCUCUAAUCGUGGUCGACAUGCAAGAAGACUUUUGCCCGCCUAACGGGUCCCUCGCCGUGCAAGAUGGCCGCAGCAUAGCCCCAGUGAUCAACUCCCUCCUCUCCCAGCCGGGAUUCGUAGCGCGCAUCGCAACCCAAGACUACCACCCCGCGGACCACAUCUCGUUCGCGACGAACCACCCAGCCCCCAACAACCGGCCCUUCGAGUCGAUGGUUGCGGUGCAGAACCCAGCCCCAGGCAAGUCUGCAGAAACCAAGCCCCAGCAGCUCUGGCCCGUUCACUGUGUCGCCGACAGCCCCGGCGCCGCGAUCAUUCCCGAGAUCGACAUCCGUCGCAUCGACACCUUCGUCCACAAAGGCAGACACUCGCAGGUCGAGAUGUACUCUGCCUUUGCGGACGCGUUUGGGAACCGCGACCCGGCUGUCACGGCGCAGUCGGUCAACCUUGCCAUCGCCGCCGUGCUCGCGGCCAAGCGCGUCACGGAUGUCUUCGUUGUGGGGCUGGCGGGCGAUUAUUGUGUUAAAUGCACAGCUGUCGAUGCUGUUAAGGCUGGGUUCAGGAGCUGGGUUGUUGAAGAGGGCACCAAGUGUGUUGUACCUGCGAGCUGGGAGAAGACCAAGGAGGAGUUGGGCGCCGCCGGGGUGUCAGUCAUCCGCGCCGAUGACGCAGUGGUCAAGAGGUUGGCCGGUGAAUAG